CUGGUAAUUGAUCCGGUUCUGCUCAUGAUUCAUGACGCUCUGCUGCAAGUUCACCUUAUUGUGUCAAAUAUAAACAGCAGAAGAGCAUGGAAAACGGCACAUCGUCAGAGGGCCGAGACCCGUCAACUUUUCUGGGCGAAAUCAUUGGUGCUCCGGUUACAGUGAAGCUAAACUCCGGUGUGGUGUACAAAGGAGAACUUCAAUCAGUAGAUGGGUACAUGAACAUCGCUCUCGAGAAAUCAGAAGAAUAUGUGAAUGGCAAAUUAAGGCGCGUGUACGGCGAUGCCUUCGUUCGAGGAAAUAAUGUUCUUUACAUCUCGGCGCAUUAGCUCUGGCUAUAUCAGCGAAGUCUCUGGAGGACAUCUCAUUUCUCUAGUCGCAAGGUCCUAAGGGUGCAAAGGAGUUGAUUAGCGUUGAGCCUUGAUAAUGUGUUGUCAAGCAGCGCAUACAUGGCGAGGAGUUAUGGUUUUUGAGGUCAAUCAUAUUAAGGUUAUCGAAGAGGCUACAACCGUGCAAGAUGUCGCCCCCUGUUGAUUCGUUUUUUGGACAAAGGAGAUUGCAUCUCUAUGCUACCGUACCUACUUGUACCUGCUCGUACGGGGCUUACGUGCAUAUUUUCUUGGUAUGGUUAUGACCUUAUGACCUAUUCUAUAUUGUAAUGUAUUGUAUUGCGG